CGAAGACGCCGCCUGAUGAGUACAACGACACUCGCGUUCUGGGGUUUCGUUCUACGUUUGAAAAAAGCUUGCCGGACAGAACUGCUUUAUACAACGUCCAUCAAAGUGGAGUUGGACCUCUGGACCACAAAAACAUCCGGUUUAUGCCAGCUAGGCAGACCUCGCUGCCAACACCGUCGAGCCCAACCGGAGCGAUGGCCGCGAGCAACAGCGAAAGGAACCCGGCCACCGACUGCGGCGACGCGGCCUGCCUCCGCCUCACGAGGUCGACCACCGCUGGAACGGGCGGCCUUCGACCACGUACUGUACGCUCCAGAGCUCGAACGGGAGGGCCGACCGUUGCUGAAAUGCCUCCGCCGCGGGGUCGUAUCCCGAUUCCCUUGCUGGAAGAGGCUCGUCCCGCAGCUGCGAUGAAGCUGAGAGAGCGCUUCCAGGAGCGCGUGGAGCGCGUUUUGCUGGUCGCGUUGAGUUGCGCCGUUGUGCUCCUGGUGAGCGCGCUCGUUUCGCACAUCGCGAAUUGGCACACCUCCGUGGGCACCUCGAUGCUCACCGCCGGCAUCCUGAUCGAGAUCGCCUGCUGGUUCCUGUACCUGUGCAGUCGCCACGAGAAGACGCGCGCGCAGCUCGCCGUGUUUCUCUUCCCGGAAGCCGAAAGGGACGCUGCUGGGGUCGCGGCGACUGAAAGCAGCGCGCGGCGUAGUCGCCCCGCGCCGAAGGACGACGACCGCGAGCGCGCCGGGUCAGCCGGGGACGUCGGUGACUCGUGGUACGACAACAUCGUGUGACUCUAUACCGUGAUGCGUCUCCUGUUAACACCGGGCCGAAGCGAAAGCGCGUACGAAAUUGGUAUGACUCACCUGAGGGUUCCUUUGUUCGAACGCUUGACAUUUUGCCGCCGAUCGAGCGGGCAGCAACGGAUCCGCGAGCGUUUUGGCGAUGCGUCGCGAGAUGGCGAGCUUUGUCCGCAUGCUAUAAAACAAACCGAUUAUGUCAAAACCCUCAAAACUUAGCAAAAAAGAAAUUCUAUUUUUUUUUUCGUGGUGCCGUAGA